GUGUCGUCCGCCGCAGAGAUUGCGCCUCCCCUGACUUCUUUACGUCUUACCGAGCGAGCAAUUAAAAAAUAAUCUAAAAUGAACGAGUGCAAUAACAGACGAGUAGUCUACUUUGAGUGAUUUUAAUUGGACGUGUUUUACCCAAGGUGAUUCCGUUCAUUGUUUUCAUAAUUCGUCAUCCUUGUUAAAUUUAAAUAAAAACCUGUUCUGACACAAUCAGGUCCACAUAUUUACUAACGGUGACUGUGACAGUGUACCUUGUGGCGAUAUUUAACUAGGAUGAAGAUCGCUUUAGUGUUGUUCUGUUCGAUUCUCUUGCGAUCGAGUUAUCAACAAUGUCUGACGCACAACGAUCUAAAACCGCCGCAUCCCUCAGGACGUCUCCUGCUGUACUCUGGACAGCAGGAGUUCUCGUUGGCGCUUCUGCAGGCGAUUAACAAAGUCACUCCGAGCGGAAACAUUUUCUUCUCGCCGUAUUCUACGUAUCACGCAUUGUUAAUCGCGUACUUUCUUUCGUCCCAUCACACGGAGAAAUUCCUGAGAAAGACUCUUAGACUGGAUUCUAGUCAGGACAAAGCGGAUUUGUUCAGCGCCUACAAGUUGGACCGAUUCACCACCACCAUGCGCGCCCUCAACAGUUCGUACGAGUUCACAAACGCCAAUCGCAUUUACGUGGCCCAACAAAUUAGAUUGCGCGACUGCGUCACCAACGUCUUCGCCGAGGAGCUGUUCCAAAAGGACUUCAAGUCCAAUCCGGAAAGGGCGCGAACCGAAAUAAACGCCUGGGUCGAGCAACACACGCACGACAUGAUCAAGGACUUGCUCCCCGCCGGAACGAUCGACGCCGCCACGAACCUGGUGCUUGUAAACGCCGCCUACUUCAAGGGCCAAUGGGAAAGCAAAUUUGACCCGAAGGAUACGAAACCGGAGGUCUUCUUCAUAUCGCCCUCGAAACAGAUUAUCGUCGACAUGAUGCACAUCGAAACCGGCUUCAACUACGAUGUCUCCGAAACACUAAUGGCCCACAUUCUCGAGAUGCCCUACGAAGGUGACGACAUCAGCAUGUACAUCCUCCUCCCCCCGUUCUCAAAGGAGGACGGCGUAGAGACCGUGCUCAAACGGCUCACGCUCGACACCUUCCGAAGCGUCGUCAACGAGUCGAUGAUCGCCCGACAGGUCAAGGUCUCCCUGCCGAAGUUCCGGUUGGAGCACACCGUCGAACUGACACCGAUCCUCGGAACGCUGGGCGUUCAAAAUUUCUUCGAACAAGUCGCCGACUUCAGCGCGCUAACGGGACGGCGCGACCUGUCGGUCGGCGCCGGCAUACACAAGGCGAAAAUCGAGAUUAACGAGGAGGGCACCAGGGCAGCGGCCGCCACCGCCAUCUUCUCCUGGAGGAUGCUGAGCUCGCGUCCCGAGGUGCCGAUCGAGUUUAAAUGCGAUAGACCCUUCGUGUUCGUGAUCUACAAUAAAAUGAUGCACACGAUACUGUUUAUGGGUGUAUAUAGACGACCUGAAUAGUCUUCCGUUUUUCUAUACGCUUCCUAAGGGGCCAACACAUUUUUUUUUUUAAAUGGUUAUAGCUCGGUGAGUGGAUCAACUAGUGAUGUAAAAUUUUUUGAUUUUUUUGAAAAAUGUCUCGUUUCCAACGACACCA